AACAAAAAUGGGUCGUGGUCCUAAGAAGCAUCUCAAGCGUCUUGCAGCUCCUUCAUCAUGGAUGCUUGACAAGCUCGGCGGAACCUACGCCCCCCGUCCUUCUCCUGGUCCCCACAAGCUCCGUGAAUGUCUUCCUCUCACUGUCGUCCUCCGUAACCGUCUCAAGUAUGCCCUUACCGGUAAAGAGGUGACCUCUAUCGUCAUGCAGAGGACGAUCAAGGUGGAUGGAAAAGUGAGAACCGACGAGACUUACCCUACUGGGUUCAUGGAUGUCAUCACAAUCGAUCGCUCUGGUGAAAACUUCCGACUCCUAUACGACGUUAAAGGUCGUUUCACUGUUCACCGUAUUUCUCCCGAAGAAGCCACCUUCAAGCUAUGCAAAGUCCGUAAACAUCAACUCGGUCCUAAAGGUGUUCCCUACGUCGUGACCCACGACGGCCGAACCAUCCGAUACCCCGACCCCGCUAUCAAAGUCAACGACACCAUCAAAUACGACUUCGUUCAAAACAAGGUCGUUGGAAUCAUCAAGUUUGAAGUCGGUAACGUUGUCAUGGUCACUGGCGGUCGUAACAUGGGACGAUCGGGUGUCAUCGUGCACAGGGAGAGACAUUUGGGCGGGUUUGACAUCGUCCACGUGAGGGAUGUGUUGGAUCGAACUUUUGCCACGCGUCUGUCCAAUAUUUUCGUCAUCGGUGAGGGAUCCAAAGUGCAGGUGUCUCUGCCCAAGGGCAAGGGUGUUAAACUCUCCAUCGCUGAGGAGCGUGACCAGAGGAGACGCGCUCGUGCUCAGGAGGCGUGAAUGGUCUCGGACACGUAGGCAUUGUACCGACUGCAUGCAGCUCUUCGAACAUCAUUAUGAUUC